UGUCAAAAAUGCGUUCUGCACUUUGCAGUCCUGAUGGUUCUAUUCGGUUAGCUUGCCUUAGAACAUUUUAUCAAAAUUUUGAUUCAUUUGAAUAUUCAUUGUUUGUGGAAUCAGUCAAAGAACUUUUUGCUAUUCUAAUAGAAGUUGAAGAGUGCCCAGCAGAUUUUAAUAAUUAUCGACAACGUGCUCAACUCCUUAGACGUCUCAAAUUUACUUCAUUUGAGAAAAUUUUUUCUGACACUACAAAUACAAUUAAAGAAUUAGGAAAUGGAACGAAUAUAGCAAUGUUGGUAUUAGAUUGGCUUUUCGCGCAGUUUUACGAACGUUUUACCCUUUACUGGCCUUUACUUGUUGAACCAAUAGAAUCUUAUGCUCGUGGAAUUGGUUUUGAUGGAUUUUGGUAUUGCUUUGAAAAUGCUAUGGAUUUUUGUUGGGAAAAAAUUUUUGAAAUUAAAAAGGAAAAGGAAGGAGAAGGGGAUUCUACUUGUGAUAAUGAAAGCAGUCAACAACUUCCUCCAGAUUUUAAAGCUUUUCGUCUUCAACUUUUACGGCUACUAAUUAAACUUCCAAUUAAUACAAUAAAACCGGAAAAGAGAACAAAUUAUCUAUCACCAAAAUUUUUGCGUUUAUACAGAGAAGAAUUCGUUCAAAUAGAUGAAUUUGUUAAUACUUCAAAAAUGGAAGAGGAAAAUGAAGAGAGCAAAACUGAUACAAAUGAUGAUGUUCAAGGAAAAGAAUAUCUACGCCCAUUAAACUUUAAUUCAAAAACCGAAGCAAUUAAACCAUUAAAAGCUAUGCUUUCUUUAUUUGGCAAAUUUAAUAAUCCUAAGCAAAUUUACAAAGAAGAAGAAGUAAAAGAAAUGUAUUAUGAGCUUCUUCUAGUCAAUGAAUCUGAAAUACAGCGUCUUGCGUUAGGAUGUUUGUAUUGUUAUAAGUACAAUUGGCUAACCCCUUAUAGAGCAUCUUUGGAACGUCUUUUAAAUGAAAAAUCUUUUCGUGAACAACUUGUACUUUUCAGUGUAGAUUCUCAACAGACAGAAGCACUUUCAAGUGAACAACAUGGACGAACAGUAGGAAAAAAUUCGUCGAAUACAGUUCCACUUUUAGAUGAACAUCGAAAAGAUUUUAUUCCAAUUUUGUUAAGAAUUCUUUAUGGUUCAUUACACACACAUGUUCCUCAAAGAGGAAAGGCUAGACGCAUUGCUAUUUUUCGUUUUUUGGCAAAUUGUUUAUCCGAUGAAUUGCAACUUUUUCUUCAACUUAUGUUUGGCCCUAUUUGUUCAUUUUUUGAAAGUGACGAUACAAAGACCGAUAUUUCUAUCUCGAAAACUUUGAAAUCUCUUAAUGACAAAAAGUCUCAAGUUUCAUCAGUUUCUCUAAAUAAACUCAAAAGCAUUCUUGGCUCCUUAACAGAUUUUUUCAUUUUUCUUGGUCCUUCUUUAAGUGAUUUUCAAACAAACUUUCUUUUUAAUAUUUUGCUUUUAUCUGGAAAAAUAAUUUUGCUGCGUGACCAAAUGUUUUGUGAAAAUAAUUUAAUAGAGGAAGAAACUAUGCCAUUAAUUAGACAAUUAAAAAACUUGAGACUUCUUUUUAUGGAAACGAUUACCAAGUUUCUUCAAACUUUUGAGACUCGUAUUAUUUUUGUUGUUUCAAUUGAAACUUUCUUCAACGAAAUUUUGACUCCUUUAAUCGAGAAUAAAGGAAAGGUUGUUGCUUCUCAACAAAAGUGUUUGAUUUUAUUGCCAUCUUCAUUAAUUAAACUGUUUUGUUUUUGGAUAAAAAUAAGAAGAUAUCAACCAUUACUUAAUGUCCCCUUAUUGAUCCGAACUACUACAAAUUUGGAAAGUGAUGCUAUUGAAAAAACAAUAACUACUACACCUUUUUCAUUGCUUUGUGAUCAACUUUUAAUAUUCAAUAAAGAAGAUGUUAACAGAAUAAAAAAUGUACAUGUUGAAAUUGUGCAAGCUUGUAAUUUGUUGCUUAACUCUUCGGAUGAUCAAAUUUUUGUUCCAGAUGAAAACGAUUUUUCUUUAUUACUUCCUCAAGCAGAAAUACAAGUUGAGAAGAUUGAAACUAUUAAUGAAAACAGUCAAGUUACAUUUGGAGUUGGCCUAAUUCUUUCCAAAUCAAAUGUUAGCAAAAUUCUUCAACAUUUGUCUCAUUUUAUUGAUGGGGACCAUUCAAAGAUUGCUCGUUUGCCACCCAUUUAUUUUGAAUUUAUUAACAAUCUAAGUUCUCUUAUUCACGACCCAGAAUUUGGUCAACUUUUUGCACAAACACUUCUUUUAUACAUUACAAAUAAAAAUGGAAAGGUGUUACGUCGUCAAUCUGUUGAUAAAGUUUAUAAUCUUCUUUCAACUUUUACUAGACUUUGUGUUUAUUUGGAGUAUCCUUUAAUUGCAAUUCGUUUAAUCAGUCCUCUUUUCUCAAUUCUUAAUGGACGACAGGCACGAGAACAUCUUGUUGGAAUUUGUUCAGCUCUUUGUGCAAACAAGCAAAUGAUACUGGAAACGGGGUAUUUGUUAAAGCUAAUAGAGUCUCUUGAAAGUUGGGAUGUUAGACGAAUAUCUGAACCAGAUGCUGAUCGUCGAUGUGAAGCGCUUUUAUGUUUACACGACUUGUACGAACGCUGCGACCUUGACAAGCUUUUGGUUAACGGUGCCCAUGAAUUUUUACCUUUGUUUGCUCAUUCACAUGCUCAUGCUAUGAUUAAUUCUUCCGAGAUUUCCUUACGCGGUAGCGCAGCGAAUUGUUUUCGACAAAUAAUUAUAUUUGCUUCAAAACAACCAAAUAAUUUGGAGAAUUCUGAUUCUCUUAAUCCUUGUCAUUUUUUACAUUCACAUUUAAUACCGCUUGUAAUAAAAGGCAUACAGUCUGGUAACGAUGAGAAAAUGGAGCCUGUUCGACAAGAAUUUUUUCAAUGUUUGAUACAACUUAUGCGUUCAUUCCCUAUGGAUUCUCAUUUGACGGCGUUGAGAGAAAUUGGUGGAGAUUCAAUGAUAGUUGAUGAUAGUGACACGAAAGAUCAAGAAAUGGACUUUUUCGAAUGCGCUUUACAUAUUCAGACACAUAAACGCAAACAAGCUUUUAAUCAACUUGCAAAACGUUUAAAUAAUGAUGAGGUGAUUUUUAACUAUAUAUUUUUUAAAAAUUUUUUGUUUUCAUUUCAACAGCUUAAAAUCAGUCAUGUACCUUUAAUUCAAUACAUUUUGCCAAUCAUCGAACCUUAUUUCCUUGAAAAUGCUCCAAAUCGUGUAAUGCUAGCUGAACAAGCUUUAAAUUUGUUUACUGCUAUUCUCAAAAGGGUUCCUUGGCAUAAAUAUGUAAAAAUUUUGAUCAAAUAUAUGAAUCAAAUUAACAUUGAAGAACGUACAAAACAGGCUGUUCGUUUGGUGAUUGCAACACUUGAUGCUUUUCAUUUCGAUCUGCGUGAUUUAAAACAAAAUUUAGAAUUAACUUCUACUAUUGCAGUUACUGAAGAGAUGCUUGAUCAAAAGAAAUCUAAAAAUUCAAAACAACAAAUUUUUGCCUUUGUAAAUGGAAAAAUACUUCCAAAACUUAGAGAAUUGCUUCGACCAAAGACCCAAUUCAAUAGUCAUAAACGAGCUCAGAAUUUUACUUCAAACAUUUUUCAAUAUGAAGAUGAAAAGUUACUUCGAGCUCCGUUGGUUUUAGCGACAGCUAGGCUUUUUAAAUGGCUUCCUCAACGUGUUGUGGAUCAAAAUAUGAAUGGGUUAGUUAAUCUUUACUAUCGUGGAAAGCAUCACUUUUUGUUUCGAAAGAAUCUGACGGUUCCAGAAGGUUUUUGGAACCGUUUCCUAAUGUUUUUUAGAAUUUUAAUGUUUCUACGGUUGCUUCAAUCGGUUCCCUAA